CUUGGUAAAAUUCCCUAUUUUAAUGACAUUUAAAAGUGACGUGUUUGACACAUGUCAACAAAAAAUAUGGCAGAUGUGUCAAAAGCCCAAAAAUUGGCGUCUGCAAGAAAAAAGUUCAAGGAAUUAAAAAAGGAAAAAAAGAAGAACACUCCCCAGAAAGUACCCGAAAGUGUUGAAUCACCACCCACAAGUCGGGAACAGACACCUGUGGAAAGUUUUACAAAUGCAGUGAAUGAACCAACGCAACUUCCAAAUUACUUCAGUAAUGUAAACUUUAACAACGGUUAUCAGCAACCAGCGGCAUUUUUUGAUAACAUUUCACAAAACAAUGACCCUUUCGCGAGUAUCACGCCCUUAAACAAUCUCAAUGGACACCAACAGACUGAGCAGACUACUAGUGACCUUAAUAUGGGGUUUUCAGUACCUGAAGACAAUAAAAAUGAUGAAAUUACGAACUUUCAAGCUUUUGACAGCGUCAAAUUUGACCAGAAUUCUUCCCCAAGUCCCCAGUUGUCAACAGUUGAGAGUCUGCGUCAGUUGCAAGACCAGAUGGCUGAAUUAAUAAGUCCUAGCACUGAAAAUGACCCACCUAGGAUCGAGUCACAGCUGGAAAUCCGGAAUCAAGAAUUGGCAGAACUGCUUAAUCAAGAAAAAUUAAAAACAGAAGAAUUGAACGCUACUCUAAGGGAAUACCAGACAAAACUCAACCAAUUAGAAAGGGAACUAAAAGACAAGGAACUUAACACUGAUACUAUAGUAGAACAUGAAGUUAGCACUCUUAGAGAAGAGUUACAAUGUCAUGUCCAAACUGUAGGAAUUCUUGUAGCGGAAAAAACAGAAUUAGUUGCAAAUCUGAGCCAGUUCCAGUUGUCUGCGAAACAAAAAACAGCCGAAUGCGAGGAGUUGCAAGGCCGAUUGAAAACCUCUAGGUCACGGGUAGCAGACCUGGAGCGUGAAGUUGCACUCCUUAAAAACGAGAAAUCGCAAUACGACAAUAUGGGACGUGAGCAAAACUCCGAGUUGGAAAAGAUGAAACAAAAUUACCAAACUAUGAAAGAUGAGAAAGAAGAGUUGCUCCAGGAUUUGCUUGAGGCAAGGGAAAAGCUCAAAAGUAGUUCUGAGAAUUGUUUGGAAUUUCAACAACAGAUUAAGGAGUUGUCAAACCAGUUGUCUAUGGCCAAUAUUAAAAUCCAGCAACUCACAACUGGUGAUCAAGACAGCAGUGAGAUCGAAAAACUGACGCAGGAGAAAUUCGCUCUUGAGAAACAAGUCGCCGAUUUGAGUCACACUGUAAAAACUUUGUCGAAAGAGAGGGAAGAGUCUAGUCUACAGUAUCAGCAAUAUGCACAACAGUUGAAUGCACAAUUGUCGAGUCUGGCGAAUCGAUUAGAGACGUUGCAGAAAGAAAACGAAUCUCUGGCUAUACAAGAACAGAACAGGAUAAAACAUAUUAGCGAAUUGGAGAAACAAUUGCAAAGUUUGCAGAAUGAUCAAGUGACCUUUGCCGUUCAGAAACCCACCGGUGAAACAAAAGCCGAACUCGAAGCCGCCUUAGAAUUAGUCGAGAAACUCAAAAGUGAAAAUGUAGAAUUACAAGGUUAUAAUGUUAAGGUAGCAAACGAAAAGGAGUUGCUUUUGAAGGAGUUGGAAGCAAAAGGGGAGAGUAUAAGGGAGUUGGAGCGGAUCAUAGAAGAGUUGAGGACCAACCAACCCGACAGUGCUAAACUAUUAGCCAUUAUGGAGAGUGAUAAAGUCGCAGCGGCUCGAGCAGUUUCGCAAAACACCGAAUUGAAGAAUCAGAUGGAUAGUAUGCAGGAAGUUUUCAUCAAGUUGAAUAAUGAUAAAAUCGAAUUGACCGAAAAAUUAACGAUUGAACAGCGCAAUAAUAAGGACUUGUUAGAGAAGUUGCAAAAAACCGAAAUCCAUCUGCAAACAUUGGCCGACGCGAUUGAAAUCAAAGAUAAGGAGUUGUCGCAUCUUCGGGAAAGUUCGACCCAACUCGACAAACAAUUACUUCAAAGUGAACAGUUAAACGAUCGGUUGAGACAUUACGAAGCACAAGAUCAUAGUUCACAAGCGUUGCAAACCGAAUUGUUUCAAGCUAAUCAAACUAUAGAAAAAUUGAAUAAUGAGAUAAAACAACUGAAGGAGGGCGUGCAAGUGUCGUGUGAUGUCAGUAAUGACGUAAAAGAGUUGGAAGAGAAAGUGGAGAGAUUAGAAAUGAGGAAUCGGGAGUUGGAGGGGAAUGAAACUAAGGACGCUACUGAUAGUAACCAUAACGGAAUUGUUUUAGAUAAAGAGUCGGCCAUGAAACAUUUGGAAGAAAAAUUUUUGCAAACAAUGGAAGACAUUGCCAAUUUAACGGAAGAAAAGCAACGUCUCGAACACCUAGUGUUGCAAUUGCAAGGUGAAACCGAGACGAUAGGAGAGUAUGUGGCUCUCUAUCAGCAACAAAGGAGUCUCUUGAAACAAAAGACGAUCGAAAAAGACCAGCAAUUGUCCCAAUUGGCCAAUGACCGGGAGUUAAUGAAGGCCAAGUUAGACAAAUUGAACGAAUUGGUGAAAAAGCUUAUGCUUGAAAAAGGGACCGUUCCGUCCGAAUUGCUGGAACAUCACCAAAACAAUCAUCUCUGCGAAGAACACGCGAAAAUCAAUAACGAAAUAAAUAAAAUCGCACAGAAUACAAUUACGGUCGAACCAAGUGAUAAUCAAAGUACGGAAACUGCCGAAGAGAUAAUCGCACUCUUGUCGGAGAUUAAAACGAGUAAUUUGAUACAACCAACUGAGAAUAUACAUCAUUGUCCAUGGUGUUCGGGCCAACUUAUUACGGUAUAAAUGGGAUAUUGUAAUUAUAUUGUUAUUUUAAAUAGCUUGAUUAAAAUUUAUUACAUAAUGGCA